AUGUUGGCACUCUUCGCCAUCCUCUUUGUUGCGUAUGGACAGUACACAUGUUCUACUGCUACAAAAUUUAAUUUGCCACAGUACCAUACAUCAAUUGUAUUUGGUACAAAUACACCUAAAUCUAAAGUUGCACUUGAACCAGGUUCAUUAAAAGAAGUUCAAGGACAGUAUUUUGUUACAUCAGUUGGAGAAGAUAUAGAAUCUCUUCUUGUUAAUAUUAAUACAUGUUUUGCUACAACUAAUUUACCAACAGAAAUUUAUAUAUUUGAUUCAUGUAGUGAUGAAGGAGUUGCCCAAAAUAAACUUGCAGAAUCAGGUAUUGAUAAUUCAUGUAGUGCUUCUAGUGAAUAUCCAAUUGUUAAUUUCCAUGCAGUACAAGGAAAAACUUAUUAUGUAUUAGUUAAGUUAGUUGAAGAAAAUGCUGAUGGUACAGUUUCUAUUGCAAUUGAUCAAUCAUAUGAAGAUAAUUCACAUAUUGAAUGUGAUGUUGCCCGUUCAGUACCAGAAGAAAAUGGAGCAACUAUUUUCCCAUAUUCAGACCAAGCACAAAUUGUAAGAAGUCAAGUACCAGAAACUAAAGUAGAAUGUACAACAUCAGCACCAACAUUAUGGUAUAAAUUUAAGGGAGAUGGAAAAUAUGUAGUUAUUAAUACAUGUAAUUAUUAUACUAAUUUUGAUACAAGACUUGUUGUAGUUGAUACUCUUGUUAAUGGUAAAUGUAAUGGUGCUAAAUGUGUUAAAUUUGCUGAUGAUGGAUGUGGAAAAACAUCAUAUUCAUCUAUUCUUGUUAUUAAAACAGAAUUAGAAAAGAUUUAUUAUGUUGGUGUUUCAGCUGCUGCAAAUCAAGAAGGACAAUUUGAAAUUAGAAUGGAUCAUUUAGCUGACUCUAUUCCAUCUGUUUGUUCACGUGCACUUCCAAUUCAAGAAUUACCAUUUUCAAGAUCAUUUGAUAUUCCAGAUGUAUGGCCAACAGGAAAGCCAUCAUGUAUUUCCUAUCAUACUGAUGUAAGACCAGUUUAUUUGUCAUUUGUAGGAUAUGGAAAACCUGUUGUAAUUUCUACAUGUAAAUCAGUUGAUUCUAAUUUGAAGCCAAUUGGAGUAGCAGUAGAGUUAAUAAAUAAUUGUGAAGAAGAAAAAUGUGCAGUUGACACUACUAAUUCUAAAGAAUUUGGUUUAUGUGGUGAAAAUAAUUAUCUUAUUGUUAAUAUGGAAGUAGGAAAAACUUAUUAUAUUAAGGCAUAUUGUCCAGAUGGUCCAUGUGAUAUGACUCUUAAUAUGUAUGAAAAAACUGCAUCACAUGAUAGAUGUGAUAUUGCACUUGAGCUUAAUAACCCAGGAGUAUUUAGUGAAGCAGCAGUAAUUGAAAAUCUUGAAGAAUCAAUUCAUGGAUGUAAUUCAGUUGCUAAAACAGAUCCAGGAUUAUGGUAUAAAUUUGUUCAUACUAAAUCUAUUGUUGAUGAAAAAUAUACUAUUUUUGCUAUGAAUGCACAAAGAAGUAAAAUUGGAUAUAUUGAAUUUUCUAAUGGAUGUAUGCUUAUUGAAUGUGAAUCUCUUCAACAAGGAGAAGCUCAUUUAAGUUUCAGUUCUGAUGAAGAAUAUCAACUUAUUUUUGUUUAUCCUGAUGCUACUGAUCAUCAAAAAGCUUUAAUUGUUCAAUUUGUUAGUGAAGAAUCUACACCAUUCUAUAAAUGCCAAGAUGCACUUGAUGUUCAACUUCCAUAUACUGCUCUUCAUACAUUCUCUAAUACAAAAACAAGACAAAUUUGUUCAGGAGAAAUGGCACCAGCUAACUAUUAUAGAUUCAGCCUUAAUAAAGAUAUUGGUGUUGAUGUUUCUACUUGUUUCCCAAAAACAUUAGUUAAUACAGCAGUUGAAAUUACUAAAGGAUGUUAUGGAGAACCAACUGCUAAAUGUAUUGGUUCAAAUACUGAAGGAAGAGGUUGUGCUGUUGGAGCUGCUAAAUUAUCUGUUGAUUUGAAUGCAAACACUCAAUAUACACUUUCUGUAUAUUCUGAAGCUGUUGCUGCUCUUAAUGUUAAGCAAUAUAGAGUUGUUAUUUUCUCACUUGAAAUUCCAACAGAGUCAGUAUGUACUUCAGCUAUUGUUGUACCAUAUCAAAAGUAUUAUGCUGAUUAUUUGAUUCUUAAUAGAUUAUCCUACAAAACUGAUUUUGGAAGUGUUGGAAUUACUAGAGGUAGUUAUUUCAAAGUUCAAAUUCCAGAUGUAGCUUAUACUGUUACAGUUAGAACAUGCUCUUCAAAGACUACUAUGAACUCAUUUGUUGCACUUUAUGGUAAGUGUAUUGUCCAAGGAUCAUCAGAUCAACCAAUUUCUGUUCCAAAUGAAGAUAUUGGAAUUGCAUCAUCAUCUAUUACUAAUUGUGAUGUCCAUGGUACUUAUCUCACAUUUGAUACUGUUCCAAAUAAAGAGUAUUAUGUUUUUGUUGGUCCAGAAAAUUUUGCUGAAGAAGGUUUUGUCGAUGUUCAAUUCUUUAUGGAUGCUAAAGAAGACCCACAACCAGAUGAUUCUUCUUCAGUACCACCAACACCAUCUUCUUCAACUGAUGAUAAAGAUGAUGAUAAUCAUCAUUCUACUCCAGUUGGAUGGAUUGUAUUUGGUGUUCUUGUCUAUGUUUUGUUUGCUGGUAUUCUUGCUGGAUGUGUUAUUGCUAUCAUUUUGAAACGUAGAAAUUCUGGAUAUGCUACUUUAGCUUAA